AUGCCACCCUGCCCCGGGGGGAGUGCAGUGGGCAGACGGGCUGGGCAGGCAGGCAGAAGCCCGCGGCAGAGCCCCCCGAGCCACCACCCUGCUGUGUGCCCCAUGGUCAUGCUGCUGCUCCUGCACCUGCUGCCUGCCAUGCUGCCCACCGCCGCCCUGGCCAGCUGCACCGGGGCGGGUGCCGACCGGCAGCUCAUCCUGGCCAAGGUGCGGGCUCGGGUGCUGGAACAUCUGAGUCCUCCCCUGCUCCAGGAGGAGCCACAGAUGGAAGCAAGGAGGGUGCACCGGAGAGACGUCCUUGAAAACACAGAAGUGGAGCCAGAGGAGCUGGAAGAAACCUCUCAGGUGAUCUUAUUCCCUGCCACAGAUGUUCCCUGCGAGCCCACACAGCCAGACAAGCUGCUGGAGGAAGAAGGGAUUUUCACUUACCUCUUCCAACCCUCAGCACACACCCUGAGCCGUGUGGUGACCUCUGCUCAGCUCUGGUUUUACACUGGCCCCUCGGCUGCCCCCAACCACUCAACCCCUGACGUGCUGACCCUGUCACCUCAGGGCCGGGUGCCGGUGACAGCCAUGGCAGAGCGGACACCCGAGCACUGGACUGUGUUUCACUUGGCCCCGGUGCUGCUGCCCCAGCUCUCACAGCCGCUCUUUGUGCUCCUGGUGCGCUGCCCUGGCUGCCCCUGCCUGGCAGAGGGGGACAAGAUGCCCUUCCUGGUGGCCACCACCCGGGCCAAGGGCAGCGAGAGGGCUCGUCGCUCUGCCAUGCCCUGGUCCCCAGCCGCCCUGAGCCUGCUGCAGCGUCCAUCCGAGGAGCUGGCUGCCCACACCAACUGCCGCCGGGCUUCCCUCAACAUCUCCUUCGAGGAGCUGGGCUGGGACAAGUGGAUCGUGCAUCCCAGCAGCUUUGUUUUCCACUACUGCCACGGCAGCUGUGCUGCAGGCCACGGGCUGAGCCACCGGCUGGGUGUGCAGCUCUGCUGUGCUGCCCUGCCCGGCACCAUGCGCUCCCUGCGCGUCCGCACCACCUCCGACGGCGGGUACUCCUUCAAGUACGAGACCGUGCCCAACAUCCUGGCCCAGGACUGCACCUGUGUCUAG